CAGCGCGUGAGCGCGCUUGCUGGUGCGAGCACGCGAGUAUCUUGUUUUUUCUCAGGUGUUAAAACACGAGUAGAAAAAUAGUACGACCAAUUCUUGCUCGCGGAAACAGCACGAGCGUCAUAGUACUGCUUUUACGUGGUGGCUGCAGCAGACACUGAUUUAAUAUCAAAUAGGAAUCAAGAACAUGGCGGCGACUGCAACCAGCGCAGGUGGUUCAUCCGCUGACUUCGGGGAGAAAGCACGGGGCGAGAUGUGCGAGACCUACGAGCACUCUUUGCUGUUCGCUUCUUGCUGAAGGAGUUCGAAGUUCUCGGUCUCGGGUGACCACAACCGGAGUUCGCCAGCUCAUCAUGGCUGGCAACCGGAAAGGAUUAGUACACCGAGAUGAACAAGAUGAACGACGAACGGAAAAUUACGCUCCAGCUGUCCCCACGUGUGUUCGGCCCGCCGGAGCAUCAAGUGCAAAAACCACCGGGUCCGCAAAUUUCGAAAAGUCCUCUCGCGGAGAGUCACGAGGACAUCAUCGUGGUUCUGGUCGCGAAGAUUUUUAUCUGAAGAGAAGUCCACAACAACAUAAAGUGCUUGGUCGAGAUCGCGACUGCUUCGAUGUGCAUCACUCGGGGCACGACCGCGAACCGACCGAGGAUGAGUGUGAUGAGGAGGAUGGGAGAAGAACGGCAGAGGAUUUUUCGUCAGCGGGCAGUACUACAAGCACCAACUGGGCCGGCGUUGCAGAUGUUCUGCAGAAUCUUCUGGCGAAAGCGGUUAGCGCGACUUCCUGCCGCAAGCGGCUUAAGAAUUCCAAGCCAGGAAGGAGUAGAGGGCCGGAGACGAGAGUUGUCGAUCGUGAAAGCAGUAGAAGUGGUUUUAUUUUUAACGCGAUGAAUUAUGACGACGAAGAUGAUCCGGAAUCCUUUUCGCCUACGGAACAUCAAUCAGUGCCCCGAAAUGUUGUUGGAACAUUCCCGCGAGCAGUUCCCCGACGGAAGUUCGUGAGCGCACUGCAGGGCGAUCACUUGCAGGAUCAGGAAGAGGAGGCCGAGGGGAACGGGGACGAUCGUGGCGCUUUCAGCUCGACAAGACACGACGUUGCGCAGAACAAUAUCAACGACGACCGGCACAGGCACCACGUGGAACACAGCCAACGCGCGUCACCCCAUGAUCUGAGCAUAUUAAGCUCGCAAUAUGAAGAAAGUGACGUCCUUUUCCGUUCCGCAACACAGCACGAACCGCAAAUGACCCAACACCGAAAGAACGCUUUGUCUCUGAACGGAUACUCCUCCUCUUCGCCCUGCCAGUCCAUCACCAGCACGCCGCGGAGUUGCGUUGACAAGCAAGGCGCACCAGGUGGAAAAAGCGGGUGUAGGACAUCAAGCAGCCGGGUUUCGAAUGAGCAACCUCCGCGCCAUCAUGCACCUUAUGAAGAUCAUUUUCAGCAGCAGCCCCGGAGUGGCAGUUCGUCGAAGCACAGGAGCGGCAACUACAGAGCGAUCGUCGGAACACCGCACUCGGAAGUGAUCUCCACCUUCAGCGAGUUUCGUGCGAAAAAUGCGGCAAGGAAUAGUGGUAGUUGUGUGAAUAAUUACAUGCUUGAACAAGGCGACAUUUCGUCUCCCCGAAGCACCACACGCAGUGCGGCGCGAGAGGAAUUCGAUACCGACGUAAAUAUUCGGCAGAGGUUGAGCUUUGACGAACACGAUGUUGUAGUCUCACCAGGACAACAGGCUCCUGCAGCUUCCGGCAGCACCUCCCGCGGCUACGCACAACAGCAGCAGAGCCAGGGGGUAGAGAUGCAGGAAUUUUUACAGACAGCAGGAAGUAGUAGGCAGGGCCAUGAUCAGGAGGAACAACGCGGGGAACAAUAUGAACGCAUGAUGUUAAACAGACCACAGGCUCCGACGACGACGUCGCAGCACCACAACUCCUUCAUGCAGCACCCAGCACAGCAGCCGCACAACCCGCACCAGCAAUCGCAGCAGCCGGUGGCGGCUCGGCAGCACCAGGUAACUUUCGUCGAAGUUGUGGAGGAUAAUCCGUCACCCACCCUGGGUAUUGUGCGCAUUGAUCACGACUACGACCCGGUUCCCGGAAACAUCGCACACCCGUCCAGCUACAGCUACCGCUCGGUCAGUUUGAUGGUGCCGGGCUUGACCUUCGAAAUGUGCCGCAGGGGCGUCAUGAGUCGCGAGGUACGAAUUGUUGUAGUUCUCGUUUGAUUUCCAUUUCUUGUCUCGCAAAUCUUUAUUUCUCAGAAGGACGCCACUUACUAGUACUUCGGAUCAUGAUGUUUUGGUAGAAUUAUGGCCGCAACAACGUGCAUCGAUCUAUCAGGCACGAUAAGAACCUAAAAACAGGGUCACAACUUUCAAGUCCUUAGCUGCUAUCCGCAAUGAAAAUUCUUUCCACCCUAUCAGGUCGAGCGUUCCUUUUACCGCGUUUUGGACCAGUUGGUUUUUCAGUUUCGCGUGUCGGGGAUCACUUCGGACUGCGGGUUCAUGGUGUUUUUCCAGCAGAAGGCACAGCAGCACGUGCGGUCGCGGUCCCUGUUCCACAUCCCGGUCUUCAUGUCUGUCUUUGCGCACUUGCCGGCGGUGGCCUGCUCCACGCCGGUGGAGGCGGAGAUCGCCAUCUUCACGGCGUCCGGCCGGGACCUGCUCCCCAAGCUGCCGGAAAUCCAGAAGGUUUCCGGCUUGUCGCACGUGAAUCUGAACCGCUUGGUGGUGGUUUCCUGCUCCCGCAUCCCGGGGCUGCACGAGGCGCUGCAGUACGGCAAGCCGCUGAACCCGGGGGAGGUGAAGCGCGGCCUCGAGCAGUUGACGGAGAAAGUGUUGACGCAGCAUCCCAACGUCGCGGUCUUCCUCAUCGAGUGCACGGAGUUGCCGCCCUACUCGGAGGUGAUCCGGCAGGCGACCAGGCGGAACCUCCCCGUGUACGAUGCGAUCACCAACGCCGACUUCUUCAUGAGCGGGGCGCUGUGCAACUCCCGAUUCGGCAUCGGAACCAGCAUCGGCAGUGCAGCUGGUGUAGACCACCACGGCAUGAGCAGCAGCAUGAUCGUCCCAACGGGUCCUCCGAUUGUGCGCGAAUCCUCCUACGUGUCCAGCAACAGUAACGGACAACAAGGCGCCGGUGGACCUCCAGGUUUGACGUAUCACCAUCCAAAUGCACGGAGGAAGUACAAUCCAGCGUCUUCCUCAGAACAGAUGUACGGAAACACUAUGAGCAACAGUAGUGCAGCACCAGCUGGACCGAGCUACAACCCGAGUUACGGAAUGAGCAGCACGUUGAACAACCAGCAGCAUGGUACAACUACAGGAAGCUUUCCAAAUCCGCAUCAGCGCACGGUCCACAGUCACGCAGUCACGAGUUUCAGCGGCAAUAACACUUCUUCAGCAUCAAUUGGAGUAGAUCAUCAUCAUGGACAUGGUACAACUUUUUACAACAAUACCCAGGAGUCGUUGUUCAACCCCCACCAGCACCAGCAAAUAGCGCAUCCGGAUCGGCGGGCGGUCAACGACUGCUCAACACCUGAUAUGGUAAUUCCUGAGCAACAUCUUCAACGGGCGCCAGCGCACAACAGACCGAUAGCGUUGACACCGGAGAUCAUGCAAAAUAGUACAACUUCGACUUGUUCCAGCAGGUACAACAACACUUCUAAUUUACAGUCUGCGCAGGGCCAGUAUCACGAUCAUGUGCUGGCGCCCCAUCAAACGCCGCCAGCGAACACUAAAUCAGCAGCAGUCCUCUACUCGCCCCCGACGGACGAGUUUCUGCGCCGGAUCUCCGGGUCCACGACGAACGGCACUCUGAUCGGGCAAACUGACAUGACUUCUGCCGGUGGUUAUCACGGCAAGGACGUGGACUCGCUGGCGACCAUGUCGACCAUCACCGGCGGAUCUGAGGACGCCGUCUCCUACCCGUCCUCCCGCGGUACCUUCGACCCGAGCGUGUUCUACGGAAAUCAACAGGUUCUUGCGGCGGGGGCAAAUAGUAGCACCACUGGUGGAGCUGCUGGAGGUCCUCCGGUGCCGACCGGUAGUUGUGCAACUACUUCUACAACAGCUCAUGCUGCAAUUUCUGGAUAAAAAAAUUGUACUGUCGGUGGUCAACUCUAACUCAACAUCUUCAAACUUCAAACCUGCAAAGAAAAGCAACGCAGAAUUUUUUUGUCGACUUCCAAAUCUUUUGUUGAUUCCCGCUCGCUUUUUGAUGGUAUGUCUAAGACAGGGCGACCUGAAAAUCAAUUCGCAUUUUGUCGACGAAUUCUAUCACGAACUUUGAAUGAUGUCAAAGCGCCAAGGCAUAUUGAACAGGACCUCUGUGUCCCUGUCCUUUUACUUUUCCGAGACUAGUUUCUUUCUACAUCAACACAACAUCACCAAUUAUUUUGUCUUUUAUCUCGCUCGGUCUUAAUUCAUUUGGGGAUCGGCGAAUCGAAGUCAAGCGCGUUUUUGCCUUUGCUAGAGAUUGCGAUGGCUUUACCAAGAAAUCUUUCCUUAUCGCGACUGUCGUAGCGCUCCAACAGGUUUUGUUGGUUUUUUUCAAAAGCGCACGCGGUGUGCGGCGGUAGGUCCAGAAGCGUCUAGCACGGCAGAUUGAUCUUUUGUGUGAACGUGAUAUAAAAUUUUCGAGGAUGGAGCAAGGGAGAUCGUCUCUUGCUCAUUCUCGUCUGUGCAGAUUACUUACACGCUGUAUAAUUUGGGUUUUGAAACAGUACACCAGAAAAUCUCAAAAACCACACUGAAUAGCGAUGUAGUCAUCGUUGCUUAGUGUAUUUCACUUCUCUGUUGUGGCGGAAAACUCUUCAUACACAAGUUUUUCAUAUUAGAAACACUUUUCGUCCACAUUUUCCUUGUUUUUCGCCACACAGUUUUGUGUUUUCCUCGUGAUUUUUUUAUGUAGCUGAGUUUCAUAAACAUAAGGCCUUUUUGAAUGAAACAAUCUUCCAUUUUUCUGCGUACAACAUUCCACAGAUCGGGAUGGUACAGGGAAAGUUUCUACCAUGUAAAAACGCGACAAGUGCGCCGCCAUGCAGUGCGCACCCGCAGUAGUAUUUCGCGGUUUUUUAUUUCGCUCCAAAUUCUGCCUGCUGAUUUAGAUAUCCUAUUCACUCGAAUAGUGCAGCCUCAUUUUUCUGUCCAUUUUUGAUAUAUUGUGUUUUUUUCUGUAUGAUGAAUUUGCUAUCAACCGGUACGCUCGCGCGCACCUGCGUCGAUUCAGUAGAAUCUGUCGCAGGGAUGCGGUAACAAAUGUUUCGCGAGAUCCUACUUGCACUCAAAUACUCCAAGCAGAUAGACACGGCAGGCUGUCGAGUAAGUCACGUGAUCCAGGCUGCUGUGUCGUAUCUUUCGGCUAAGCUCUGUUAUUGAGUCGGUUUUCGUACUACUUUGUUUUUGAGAAAAACUGCGGAAAUGCAACUUGUUACGGGGGCCAUUCAGUAGUUCAGAAGUCCCUGCUUGAUAAAAAAUUUUGUCCGCAUUACAUGUGAUUUCUUUCGAAAAUGAAACUACCAACACAAGCACUUCGGACGAGUAUUUUGACGGCAAAAGAACUUUUCACGCUAUUGAUAGGUACAAACUUCUUUCAUGAAAAAUUAGCAAACUCUCGCUACGGAAGAGAAGCCUACUCGGCUUGUCUCCCUGACGGGCGAGUAGAUUGACCGCACGGACCAGUGGGAGCGGUAGCAUGGCAUGAUCGUUCAGCAGGUUCUUUCACCAUACUCUCUCUGCA